AUGGGCACCCCGCAGGACCGUGCGCCUACCCCUGAUGAGAACGAUCAGGCGCUGCACUUCCUGCGACACCACCUCUACGCCACGCUCAAGAAUGAGUACAUGGGAUUGCGGAGCCCAAUCACUCUCUGGACCGCACUCAAGAAGCGGUUCGAGAAGUUGAAGUACACCAUCCUACCCCAAGCAGAGCAGGACUGGGCUCGCCUGAGGUUCGCCGACUUCAAGAGCGUCGCCGAGUACAACUCCGCACUGCAUCAGAUCUGUACCAACCUCUCCCUCUGUGGCAAGGUUGUCACGGACGAGGAGAUGAUUGAGAAGACGCUCUCCACCUUCCACCCUAGCGCCAUGCAAAGCGCUCGUAACUACAGGCAGGCGUCAUACAAGGAGUAUGACGAGAUGAUCGAUAUCAUGCAGGUGUCUGAGUCUCAUGAAGAGGUUCUCCGCAAGAACUUUGUCUCCCAGCCACCUGGCAAGAGUGUUGGCCUUGAAGUCAAUGCUAGCAGUUACAAGGUCCGCAAGCCCGUCCAGAGGAAGAGGGGCAAGUGUGGUGAGAAGAAGGCAACCGAGAAGUCAGAGGGAAAAGCUCCUCCUACCCAGGGAGCACAGGGAGGCAAGGGCAAGAAGGAAGCCAAGCCACCUCGCAAUGACAAGCCAUAUGGCCAGCAGGACCAGACAUGCUACAAGUGUGGCAUUUGGGGCCACUGGAGUUGUAUUUGCGAGGAGCCCCCGCACGUCGUCGACGCAUACCAGGCCAGCAGGAAGGCCAAGGCAUCCACAGAAGCACACAUGGUUGAUGCUCACACUACGGCCACUCCCCAACCACUACUCCACUUGACGCCCCUGCAGCUGCAGUAG